AUGGCACGAGGCAAGUUGCAAGGCCGGCGGGUUGUCCGUCCCGAAGACCUCUACUCGGAUCCCCCCGAUGAGGAGGAGCAGCAGGAGAUGAACGCCCUGCUCACCGAGGAAGACAAGCGCCGGCGCGAAGAGCUCGAAAAGGCCCCCAUGCGCGCCGAGCUGAAGCACCUCGAGAAGCGCUGGACCAAAAAGGGCCGUGGGUACAUCACCGAGCCCCGCGACGAUGAGGAGCUGCCCGACGAGUCGUUCAACUGGUACGACAAAUUUGCCCUGUGCGUCACGCGUCGCUACGAUCGUGCGAACAAGUAUGUCGAGAGCACCUCGCUGCAGGUCAACUCGCCGGUCCUGAAGAAGAUGCUGCGCAACAUCAUCGGUCACUACCCUGGCGUGUCGUUCCACACCAACGACAUCUCGAUCCCAUUCCCGCCCCGGUGCCUCUAUCACUAUCGCCCUGAGUUCAAGGCCGAGCUGGAGAGGCUCGUGGCCGAGGACCCUGAUUCGGAUGAGGCGAGGCACCUGCCGAUUCUGAUCGACUUCAUCAACGAAGAGUUUCGCGACACAAUUACGGAGGGGGACAACCUCCGCGACCAGGGGCUCAUGUCGUAUGAGCAUCUGUGGACAAUCUUCAAGCCCGGCGUCUUGGUAUACAGCACCAAGCUCUCGCAGCCGCGAGGGUUCGAGCUCCUGUCUGCUGACUACGUCGGCGGCACCUGCCCCGGAUUCCAGCUUUCCGUCGAGUUUGUGGACUUUGACGGAGACGAGUUCGGCACGCGCCAAGCCAACCUCAAGAUCCCACCGUUUGGCGGGUCAGCUCCAAUUCGAGGGCUUAACGCUAUACCCCUGAAGUGCAGCCCCAACGAGGCCGUCAUCAGGAAGCGCCUCAUCGAACGCGGACGCCGAUGGGAGGCCCACGCCGGCCAGCACUUCCGCCACUACCGCGGCAUCGCCCUCGAUGUUCAGGGAAAUCGGUACAAUGUUGAUUCGAGGGUCAUGAUCGAUGCUCGCACGUUCCACCGUCUCGAGGCCGACUACGCCUUUAGCGUAUCAUCGUUGAGUGACGGAAACAAUGACUGGUCAGACGACGAGGCAGAGCUGAUCCCGACGGAGAACAAGGACUCGUUCCCAGCUCUGACGGACGAGCAAUGCUUGAUGGCGGCAUCCCUGGUGCGCGGCUUCUCGAUGACAGAGAAGAAGUUCCUUGACUUCUUCAUCGAUAACGUCUCGGAUAUCGAGUGGAACACAAAGUGCUUUGAGCAACUCGUCUUACCCCAGAGCCAGAAGGAUCUUGUUCAAGCGCUGGUGGACGAGCAUACCAAGCGCGCGAUCGAUCCCAACUCCGCGUUUGAAGACAUCGUCAAGGGCAAGUCCCGUGGCCUAAUCCUGGUGCUGCACGGACCUCCCGGCGUGGGCAAGACCCUGACUGCCGAGUGCGUGGCCGAAUUCAGCAAGCGGCCGCUGUACAUUGUCUCAUCGGGCGACCUGGACACAAACCCAUCGGUGCUGGACGAGCGGCUUGGCCGGACACUUGACCUGGCGAGCACAUGGAAGGCGGUGCUGCUCAUCGACGAGGCCGACGUGUUCCUGGAGCGGCGCUCGCUGCACGACCUGCAGCGCAACGGGCUAGUCAGCAUCUUCCUGCGCACGCUCGAGUACUACUCGGGGAUCCUGUUCAUGACGACGAAUCGCGUGCGCACCUUUGACGACGCCUUCAAGUCGCGAAUCCACGUCCCGCUCAAGUAUGGGGAGCUGCCGGCCGAGUCACGGGCCAAGAUCUGGCGCAACUUCCUGAGUGGAGUGGGAGGCACCAACUGCAGCGCCAACGGCCAAGAUGGCGCGUCCGUUUACGACUCCAUCGGCGACUCGGGGAUCGCGGCGUUGGCCGAGGCGCCCCUCAACGGGCGGCAGAUCAAGAACGUGGUGAGGACUGCCAAGAGCCUGGCCUCGCACAAGAGGCGCAAGCUGGACUUGGACCAGCUCCAACAGGUCAUGGAGAUCCAGAUGGCCUUCGAGCGUGACCUAGACGGGGAGGGGGACGUCGACGUCGUGGAUCGUCCCUGA